AUGAAAGUCAAAGAAACGGGAAAAAUUGUCAUCUCAAACGCAUAUGUUGAUUUGACCGAAGCAUCAGAACUUCCAACCGUUCCAACUGAUCUUGCUUCCAAAUUGUAA